AUGGAAAGUGACUCACAAAUGAUUAUAUUUUCAUUCCUAAUUGCUUAUCGUGUCGUCUCCUUGCUUGGUCUUCGAUUAUCUAACGAAAUUUGAAUUUCUAGCGAAUGUUCCUGCUUCGGUGUACACAGUUGGAGGCGGCAGCAGUGUGAUACAAACUAACGAUGGGACGAGGAUCGUACAGUCUGGUCGCACCUCGGACGGAAAACCGUACGUUCGCGAGAGCACGGACAAAAUCGUGGGCGAUACCCUUCGACACGUUGAGAGAAUUUACGAUCCCACUACGAACUCCACGAAGGUGCACGGCUACACGUUGGAUUUGAAGGAUCCGAACGCCAAACCAGUUCCAAUAAACGAGGCCUCUUAA